CGCAAUCAAAAUCCUAAAUUUAGAUGGUAUUUUCCACUUCAUAGUCGUCGUCGCUCCAAAGCAGAAUUCAAAGCAGAAUUGCUCCAAGCUGAAAGCGUCCUCUGGGAGAGGGAGCAAGAGAGAGAGAGGAGGAAAAUGGGUUCUCUUAGCAAGGAUGACAGGGCGGAAGUUAUUCAGGCAUGGUACAUGGAUGACAGUGAUGAAGAUCAGAGACUUCCUCAUCACCGUAACCCGAAAGAAUUUGUGUCCUUUGAAAAACUUGAUGAGCUUGGAGUGCUUAGCUGGAGGUUAGAUGCUGACAAAUAUGAAACAGAUCCAGAGUUGAAGAAAAUUCGUGAAGCUCGUGGUUAUUCUUAUAUGGACUUCUGUGAAGUUUGCCCAGAAAAACUGCCAAAUUAUGAAGAGAAGAUCAAGAACUUCUAUGAAGAACAUCUUCACACAGAUGAGGAAAUCCGCUAUUGUGUUGCAGGGAGUGGGUAUUUUGAUGUGCGUGAUCGUGAUGAAUCUUGGAUCCGCAUCUGGGUAAAGAAAGGGGCAAUGAUUGUUCUCCCGGCUGGAAUUUAUCAUCGCUUUACACUUGAUUCCAACAAUUACAUCAAGGCAAUGCGACUCUUUGUUGGUGAUCCUGUUUGGACACCAUAUAAUCGUCCUCACGAUCAUCUUCCUGCAAGGCAAGAGUAUGUGGAAGCUUUUGUGAAGAAGGCAGGUGCUGAUCAAGCAGUUGAUACUGCAGCUUAAAUCCCCGGAAUUUUGCUUGCAAAAGAUAUGGGGAACCUUACGUUCGGUUGGACUUAAUAUAAACCUCUCCUUUAUGUGAGUGUGUGUCAAAAUAAUGGACCUUAGGUCCACCAUAUAUUUGCCACUUCAAAAUGGCUUGUAAGAAUCGAAUGUUCACAUUCUUACACCUAUCCAUGUAGCAAAUCUAUGGUGUCUGUGUGUGUUCUAGUACUCGUACUUCUUUUAUAUACACAAUAUUUAGCCUGAGAUAUCCGAUGUGGUUGAAAUUUUUUUGCGGGUUGUUA